AUGACUGCCGGCACGCAUCCCGAACGCCCUGCUGCUCCGAGCAAGCCUCACAAUGAGGUCGCGCGCACCUACUUCGACCACUCCUCCGCCAACCGCAUCAAUACCGACGUUGUCCUCGUUCGAGCCCUGCGUGCCGAGUAUCCUGACCUGCACCUCACCGUAGUCCCGCAGGCGAGCUGCAAUAUCCUCUCCUACGCAUCGGCAGGCCACGCAGCUGUUGCGCCCAUCGACAGUGCCAAAGAUCGACUGUCAUGGAGGAGUUAUAUCCCUCCCGCCUCGCGUCUCAGUGGGAAAGGCGUUCUGGCCGAUCAGCUCAAGUUUGGAAAGUACCUGGUGGACUGGCGGAAUAAAGAGUUCGUUCUCUACAUUGCAGAUGGUCGUGAUGGAGCUGGAAACUAUCCGCACGUCGUCAACCAAUACAUCCUGUCCGCUUCCGUAGAGGCCACCAACUCCCUUCUCAUGGAGGUGGGGCAGUAUGGCAACUUGCUGCAUGAGGAAGUCUGGGUCUUUGAUCAAGGACUCUGGCAGAAGAGUAAAGAGCUAUGGGACAGCGUUCAAAAGAGCCACUGGGAGGACGUGAUCCUUGAUCCAAAAAUGAAGAAGCUGAUCCGGGACGAUGUGCUCCAGUUCUUCGACUCACAAGACACAUACGACAGGUUGAAGGUCCCGUGGAAGCGAGGUAUCAUAUACUAUGGCCCUCCUGGUAACGGAAAGACGAUUUCGAUCAAGGCCAUGAUGAACACUUUGUAUCAGCGUGACGACCCCGUGCCGACACUCUAUGUCAGGACCCUGUCUUCUUUCGCCGGGCCAGAGUAUUCUCUUGGACAGAUCUUCGCCCUCGCCAGAAGGACCGCGCCUUGUCUUCUGGUGUUUGAAGACUUGGAUAGCAUGGUGAGCGAUGAUGUACGAUCUUACUUCCUCAACGAGGUUGAUGGCAUCCGCAAGAACGAUGGCAUCUUGAUCGUAAGUGUGCAUUUGGCGUGAAUGAACCAGUGAAAGCUGACGUCGGAAGGUUGGAUCUACUAACCAUCUGGAACGCCUGGAUCCAGGCAUCGUGAAGCGGCCUUCUCGAUUUGAUCGGAAGUACUUGUUCCACAAUCCCAACGAAGAGGAGCGAACUCUAUACAUGAAAUACUGGGUAUGAUGAUUGACUUCAGAGGUCUCUAUGAGAUGUAAGUACAUCUACUGACGCUUCGAACUUUUUGCAGCAAGGUAAACUCGCCGACAACCACGAUCUCGAAUUCCCCGAUAAAUUAUGCCCCGCUGUAGCCAAGAUCACCAAAUCCUUUUCCUUUGCGUACCUGCAAGAAGCAAUGGUGGCUUCGUUGCUUGCAAUCGCUAGGGACGAAGACGACUAUUCUGAGAGAACCUGUCUGGAAUGCCUCGACGCACAUGCGGCGCCAACAAAUGGUUCAAGCUGCGAUCGAGCAAGCGUACGACCAUUCAAGGGGCUAUACGAUCUUGUCUGGGAGGUGAGAAGAAUUGAUGAGGGUGAUUCUGACCUUGAGAACUAUGUGCUAUGGAGGGAGAUCAAGAAACAAGUAAGGGCUUUGAGAGAGGAGAUGGGCGACGACGACAGCAGUAAGAAAUGA